UCUGAUUCUAGUCAUGUAAUAGCUUCAGUUAAUUCUGAUAGCUUUUUUUUCUCAAGUCUAAGCUUUUUGAUAGAAACACGAUAUAUGAGUUUUUUGGAUGAACAGCAAAAAUCUACCCUUUUAUAUAAACUUGACGAUAUUUUAUCAAUUCCAGUAGAUAAACUUUCUGAUAUAAAAAUAUAUAAUUCACUAAACGAUGGUAAUUGUGGGUUUCAUGUGCUUGCUAUUGCAAUUAGAGGAAAUGAAGAAAAUUGGAAUCUCAUUAAAUUAGCAAUGAGCAAUCAAUUAAAUAAGCGAAUAGAGAUUUACAAAGAUUGGUUGGGUUAUAACAUUAAUUUGCUUAAACAAAUAUUGGAGUUCCAAGCAUUGUCUUGUUAUCGUUUAUUUUGGUUUCUAUCUCCUGAUUGUACUCAAUUAGCUGCCACACUUUCUCUGUUCCUAUUGCUAUUUUUGAUGAAGGAAAUGAACAGA